UUUUAGACAUAAUAAAGUAGCAUUCAGAAAGAAGAUUUUGUUGGACCAAGAUGGCUGAUGCAACUGCCAGGUCUAUGCAAUAUGAGUACAAAGCUAACUCAAAUCUUGUGUUGCAAGCUGAUCUUAGUUUGAUUGAAAGACGUGGUCGUGAUGAAGCUACUGGAGAAGUACUCUCACUACAAGGUCAUUUGGGUGGCAUUAAAAUGGGGGACAAAUACAUCCGUGCCAGACCACCAGCAUUGGAACAAGAAAAAGAAAAGAAAGCCAAACGUCCAAAAACAUCAGAAAAGGAAGGAGAUAUAAACUAUGGAAAAAUGAAAAGCAGUUCACUUCUUUCUGAGCAAGUAGAUGAAAUGGCUGGUAUAUUCUACAGACCUAAAACAACAGAAACUAGACAAACUUAUGAAGUUUUGCUCAGUCUUAUUCAGGCAGCUAUUGGUGAUCAGCCACGUGAUAUUUUGUGUGGAGCAGCAGAUGAAGUUUUGAUUUGUUUAAAAGAUGAAAAAUUAAAGGAUAGGGAAAGAAAAAAAGAAAUUGCUGCCUUGCUCGGUAGUGUUCCUGACGAAAGAUAUGCGCUCCUAGUAAAUCUUGGACGUAAAAUCACUGAUUACUCAGUUGACAAAGACGCUGCUGGUGAUGAAGAUAUGAUUGAUGAAAAUUAUGGCGUAGCUGUUCAAUUUGAUGAAGAUGACGAAGAGGACAAAGAUGUGAGAGAAAUAAAAGACGAAUCAGAUGAAGACGAAGCAGAGGGAGUGGAGGCUGAUGUUGAUAUGACAUUGCAUGGAGGGCUGGAUGAUGAGGAAGGUGGUUUCAAGAAAUCAAAUGAAAUAUUACAUCCCAGACAAGUUGAUGCAUAUUGGCUGCAGCGUGAGCUCAACAAGUUUUACAAAGAUGCAGAAGUUUCAAGAGCUAAAUCUGAAGAAGUUUUAGAUGUUCUCAAGACAGCGUCAGAUGAGAGAGAUCUAGAAAACAAGUUGGUUCUUUUACUUGGUCAUGAUAAGUUUGCAAUCAUCAAAACAAUUCGAAAACAUAAAAAGAUGAUUCUGUAUUGUACACUUCUGGCCAUGGCAGAAACAAUGAAAGAACGAAAAAAUCUGGAAACUGUGAUGAAAGCUGACCCUGAACUUGCUGAAAUCCUUGCCCAACUUUCUGAGCAAGAUCAAGAAGAUUUGGUUCAAGCUGAACGUGCACGUAAAGCUGCAGCAAGAAAGUCCCGUGUGGAUGCUGAUUUAAAUGCACUGGAAGGUGAAGACAAAAUGAGUCGAUAUGCAAGAAAACUGUUGGAUUUAGAAGAUCUUUCAUUUAAAGAUGGUAGCCAUCUCAUGGCAAACAAAAAGUGCCAAUUGCCUGAUGGUUCUUUUCGAAAAUUGAGAAAAGGCUAUGAAGAAGUUCAUGUACCAGCAUUUAAACCUAAACAAGUAGAGCAAGGGGAGCGAAUUCCAAUAGCUGAUUUACCAAAAUAUUCUCAAGCUGCUUUUGAAGGUUACAAAGAACUCAAUCUUGUUCAAAGUAAAAUUUGUUCUGCAGCAUUAAAAUCAGAUGAAAACCUUUUACUUUGUGCACCAACUAGUGCUGGUAAAACAAAUGUGGCGUUGAUGACAAUUUUACGUGAAGUUAGUAAGCAUAUCAAUCUCGAUGGUACUAUCAGUACUGGUGAAUUUAAGGUGAUAUAUAUUGCACCAAUGAGAUCCUUGGUACAGGAAAUGGUGAUGAAUUUCUCAAAGAGAUUGCAAUCCUAUGGAAUCCAAGUAUCUGAAUUGACUGGAGAUCAUCAACUAAGUAAGGAGCAAAUUGACAGCACUCAAGUUAUUGUUUGCACUCCAGAGAAAUGGGAUAUUAUAACAAGAAAAGCUGGUGAAAGAACAUACACACAACUGGUUCGACUCAUUAUUAUCGAUGAAAUUCAUUUACUUCACGAUGAUCGUGGACCAGUGCUAGAGUCAAUCAUUGCUAGAACCAUCCGACAGGUGGAGAGUACACAGGAGCCGGUCAGAUUAGUUGGGCUAAGUGCCACACUUCCAAACUAUGAAGAUGUUGCAACCUUCAUGAGAGUUAACAUUGACAAAGGAUUGUUCUUUUUCGAUAACAGCUAUAGACCAGUUCCGCUAGAACAACAAUAUGUCGGUGUCACAGAAAAAAAAGCUAUUAAAAGAUUUCAGGUUAUGAAUGAAGUUGUCUAUGAGAAAACUAUGGAUCGGGCUGGAAAAUUUCAAGUUCUUGUUUUUGUACAUUCAAGAAAGGAAACAGGCAAAACAGCUCGUGCAUUACGAGACAUGUGCUUAGAACGUGACACUCUUGGUCAGUUUUUGCGUGAAGAUUCUGCAAGUAUGGAGGUUUUGCGAUCUGAAUCAGAACAGGUAAAAAAUCUUGAACUUAAAGAUUUGUUGCCAUAUGGAUUUGCCAUUCAUCAUGCAGGCAUGGCUCGUGUUGACAGAGCAUUAGUGGAAGAUCUUUUUGCUGAUAAACAUAUUCAAGUACUUGUAUCCACAGCAACUUUAGCUUGGGGUGUCAACUUGCCAGCUCAUACAGUAAUUAUAAAAGGAACACAGAUUUACAGCCCAGAAAAGGGCAAAUGGGUAGAAUUGGGAGCGUUGGAUAUACUUCAAAUGUUUGGUCGAGCUGGAAGACCUCAGUACGAUACAAAAGGAGAAGGAAUCUUAAUUACAAAUCACAACGAGUUGCAGUACUAUUUAUCUUUAUUAAAUCAACAACUUCCUAUCGAAAGUCAGUUCAUCAAUAAAUUGGCUGAUAAUUUAAAUGCUGAAAUUGUAUUGGGCACAAUUCAGAAUGUAAAGGAUGCUUCUACCUGGCUUGGCUACACAUACUUGUAUAUUCGUAUGUUACGUAACCCAACCUUAUAUGGAAUAUCGCAUGAUGAGUUUGAAAAUGACAAACUUUUGGAACAACGCAGAAUGGACUUGAUACACAGCGCUGCAGCUCUACUUGACAAAAAUCAGUUGAUUAAAUACGACAAAAAGACAGGGUUGUUACAGGGCACUGAACUUGGUAGGAUUGCUAGUCACUAUUACUGUACUCAAGAAUCCAUGGCUACUUAUAACAAGUUACUCAAACCAACACUGAGUGAGAUUGAGCUGUUUCGGGUGUUCUCCCUAUCGUCUGAGUUCAAGUACAUUAACGUGCGUGAAGAAGAGAAGCUUGAAUUGCAACAGCUAAUUGAGAGAGUGCCGAUCCCUGUGAAGGAGAGCAUAGAAGAACCAAGUGCAAAAAUCAACGUGUUGUUGCAAGCUUACAUUUCACAGCUGAAGCUGGAAGGUUUCGCUUUGGUAGCAGACAUGGUGUACGUCACUCAAUCAGCCGGACGUUUAAUGAGAGCGAUAUUUGAAAUAUGCUUGCACAGAGGUUGGGCUCAACUUACUGACCGCUCGUUAAAUUUAUGCAAAAUGAUCGACAAGAGAAUGUGGUUGUCCAUGACUCCGCUUCGCCAAUUUAAGAAGAUGCCUUUAGAGGUCGUUAAAAAGCUUGAGAAGAAGGACUUUCCAUGGGAGAGAUUGUAUUAUCUUGGCCAUAAUGAAAUUGGGGAAUUGAUUCAUGCUCCGAAAAUGGGCAAAGUAAUUCAUAAAUUCAUUCAUCAAUUUCCGAAAGUUGAGCUUGCAACGCACAUUCAACCGAUUACCCGAGCCACCCUGAGUGUUGAGUUAACUAUCACUCCUGACUUCCAGUGGGAGGACAAAAUUCAUGGUAAUUCCGAGGCCUUCUGGAUAUUUGUUGAAGACGUUGACGGGGAAGUGAUUCUGCAUCAAGAAUAUUUUCUGUUAAAAGCAAAAUACGCCGCUGAUGAGCAUAUCAUUAAAUUCUUUGUGCCAGUAUUUGAGCCAUUGCCCCCACAGUAUUUUAUCAGAGUUGUUUCAGAUCGAUGGUUGCAUGCUGAGACCCAAUUACCUGUUUCCUUCCGUCAUUUAUUUUUACCGGAAAAGAACACUCCUCCUACUGAGCUGUUGGAUUUGCAACCCUUGCCAGUUUCUGCGUUGAGAAAUCCUGAUUUUGAAGCGCUCUACCAAGACAAAUUUCCAUACUUUAAUCCUAUCCAAACCCAAGUUUUCAAUGCACUUUACAAUUCUGAUGAUAAUAUUUUCAUUGGUGCACCAACUGGAAGCGGGAAAACGAUUUGUGGUGAAUUUGCAAUUUUGCAUCUGCUACUGCAACACCAUGAUGCUCGAUGUGUUUACAUUACGUCUCUGCAAUCUCUUGCAGAACAGGUUUUUACAGAUUGGAGAAGUAAAUUCGGUAUCAUGUUGGGCAAGAACGUGGUGAUGUUGACAGGAGAAACAAGUGCUGAUUUAAAACUGCUUGCUAAAGGUAACAUCAUUAUUAGUACACCCGAUAAAUGGGACGUGCUCUCGAGAAGAUGGAAGCAAAGAAAAAACGUGCAAAAUGUCAAUCUGUUUAUUCUGGACGAAGCUCACCUGAUUGGUGGAGAGAAUGGACCUGUUAUGGAAGUAAUUUGUUCACGGAUGCGAUACAUAUCUUCACAAAUCGAAAAAAGUAUUCGUAUCGUUGCAUUGAGUUCUUCGUUAGCCAACUCGAAAGAUGUUGCGCAGUGGCUUGGUGUUAGCACGAACAACGUGUUCAACUUCCAUCCCAACGUUCGACCUGUACCAAUGGAAUUACACAUUCAGGGUUUUAAUAUCACUCACACUGGAUCGCGUUUAAUUGCUAUGGUAAAACCAGCUUACCAAGCGAUUUCAAGACUGUCACCAAGAAAGCCUGUUAUUGUAUUUGUACCUUCUCGAAAGCAAAGCAAAAUAACUGCCCUUGAUUUGCUUUCGUUUUGCGGUGCUGAAAACCAAUCGCAAAGAUUUUUGCAUUGUACGGAGGAAGAUUUACAACCGCAUUUGAAGCGAAUACAAGAAAAGACGCUGAAGGAGACGUUAGCAUACGGUGUCGGCUAUCUACAUGAAGGUUUGAGUGACAUUGAGGUGAAAGUUGUCGAGCAGCUUUUUUCUUCAGGAGCAGUGCAGGUCAUGGUUGUUUCCCGUACCCUUUGUUGGGCAGUUAGCACUCAUUCUAAUCUCGUCGUUGUUAUGGAUACACUCUACUACGAAGGGAAGAUGCACUCCUACGUCGACUACCCUGUGACAGAUGUGUUACAAAUGCUUGGUCGCGCAAACAGACCACUGAUUGAUGACUCUGGCAAAGCGGUUAUUCUUUGUUUAGCUUCUAAGAAGGACUUCUAUAAGAAGUUUUUGUACGAGCCUUUACCAAUCGAAUCACAUCUUGAUCAUUGUUUGCACGACCACUUUAACGCAGAGGUUGUAACGAAAACCAUUUCCAAUAAACAAGAUGCUGUGGACUAUUUAACGUGGACGUUCUUAUAUCGUCGUAUGACUCAGAAUCCGAACUACUAUAAUCUACAAGGUGUAUCCCAUCGCCAUUUAUCAGAUCACAUGUCUGAAUUGGUGGAAAAUACGCUCUCAGAUCUUGAACAAUCUAAGUGCGUGUCAAUCGAAGAUGAAAUGACUUGUACGCCCCUCAAUCUGGGUAUGAUUGCAGCGUAUUAUUACAUAAACUACACCACUAUUGAGCUCUUUAGCGUAUCUCUCUCAGCAAAAACGAAAUUGAAGGGGCUCAUCGAAAUUAUCGCAUCUGCGUAUGAGUAUGAGUCUAUACCGAUUCGACAACACGAGGAUUCUGUUCUUAAACAGCUAUCAAAUCGUGUUCCUUACAAAGUAUCGAACACAAAAUUCAAUGAUCCUCACGUAAAAACUAACCUGCUAUUGCAAGCACAUUUGUCAAGAAUGCAGUUGUCAGCAGAAUUGCAAUCUGAUACGGAGUUUAUUCUUGGAAAAGCCAUGCGUUUGAUUCAAGCCUGUGUUGAUGUGUUAAGUAGCAACGGUUGGUUAUCCCCGGCUAUCACUGCUAUGGAGCUGGCACAAAUGGUAACACAGGGCAUGUGGUCAAAAGAUUCGUAUUUGAAGCAAAUUCCGCACUUCUCCGCAGAUAUUAUUAAGAAAUGUCAGGAGAAGGAGAUUGAGUCUGUGUUUGAUAUCAUGGAUAUGGAAGAUGAAGAAAGAAACAACCUUCUACGCUUGUCUGAACUACAAAUGCAGGAUGUUGCUAAAUUCUGCAAUCGCUAUCCAAAUAUUGAGUUGGCUUACGAAGUUGCUGACAAAGAUUCCUUAUCGUCCGGUGGCCCUAUCGUUGUGAAUGUUAAUUUGGAAAGAGAAGAGGAGCAGCCAGGACCUGUGGUUGCACCUUUCUUCCCUCAGAAGAGAGAAGAAGGAUGGUGGUUGGUGAUUGGUGACCCGAAGAAUAACAGUUUAAUAUCCAUCAAACGAUUGACUUUGCAACAGAAAGCGAAAGUAAAAUUGGAUUUUAUCGCUCCAUCUGCGGGUGCGCACACGUACAACUUGUAUUACAUGAGCGAUUGUUACAUGGGUUGCGAUCAAGAAUAUCCUUUAAAGAUCUCCGUGCAGGAGGGUGAUGAUAUGAGCGAAUCAGAUAGCAACUAGAAUUCGAUCGAAAAAGGAAUAACGAUACAUUCAAAAUGAAGACAACAAAACGUCUGGCGAAAAUAUGGCGAUGGAAAGAAGCGAGCAAAAGAAAAGAAAAAUUAAGUCGUUUUAAAAAAUUAUGAGUGAAGUCUUUUUAUAUAGACUGUUUGAAUGACAUUUUUGACCGUGGAAAUUUUUCUUCAUAUUAUUAGAUCACAGUGUUACAAUACCA